AAUGCUUUCUGAAAGCAAUUCCUUUUUGAAGGGUGUGAUGUUCGGAAGCAUUUUCUGUGCCUUGCUCACUGGGCUAGGCCACGUUAGGAUUGGUGUUGGAAAUAGAAUGCACCACCAUGAGCAUCAUCACCUACAAGCUCCUAACAAAGAAGAUAUCUUGAAAAUUUCCAAGAGUGAACGCAUGGAGCUCAGUAAGAGCUUUCGAGUGUACUGUAUCAUCCUUGUAAAACCCAAAGAGGUGGUUCUUUGGGCUGCAGUAAAGGAGACUUGGACCAAGCACUGUGACAAAGCAGAGUUCUUCAGUUCUGAAGAUGUUAAAGUGUUUGAAUCAGUUAAUAUGGAAAUAGAUGACCUGUGGAUGAUGAUGAGAAAAGCUUGUGAAUAUGCCUUUGAUAAAUAUAAAGACCAAUACAACUGGUUCUUCCUUGCACGGCCCAGUACAUUUGCUAUUAUUGAAAACUUAAAGUACUUUUUGUUAAAAAAGGAUCCAUCACAGCCCUUCUACUUAGGCCACACCAUGAAAUCUGGAGAACUGGAAUAUGUGAAUUUGGGAGGAGGAAUUGUCUUAAGUAUAGAAUCCAUGAAAAGACUUAGAAACCUUCUCAGGUUCCCUGAGAAGUGUCCUGAACAGGGAGGGAUGAUCUGGAAAAUAUCUGAAGAUAAGCAGCUUGCAGUCUGCCUGAAAUAUGCUGGCGUGUUUGCAGAAAAUGCAGAAGAUUCUGAAGGAAAAGAUGUGUUUAAUACAAAAUCUCAUGUCCUUUUUAUUAGAGAUGCAAUGACUAAUCAACCCAAGCAAGUAGCAAAAGGAUAUUGCUCAGAUAUGGCUGUUACUUUUGGUGGAAUGUCAUCUAGUCAGAUGUAUGUGAUGAUGUAUGGAGUAUACCGUCUUAGGCCAUUUGGACAUGCUUUCAAUGAUGUAUUGGUUUUCUUACCUCCAAAAGAUUCUGACAAUGACUGAGAACUGGGUUGAGAACGUAUGUACACUGUUUGGGACAUGUGUUGUCAUUACUGUGGUAACAACUA